AUGGCUUCGUCUCACCUUCUUUGCAAUAGCUAUGUCUUCCCCACUUCCCAAAAUUCCUUCAGAAGUAGCCAUUUUGCUCAAUUCAGACCAAAUGGGUCAUCCAAUUUUCAUUCCAAGCUUCGGUUUCAGAGACCCCAUUUGGUCAGAGCCAUGGUUUCUGAUUCCAACACUUCCAGGAAACAAGUAGAGAAUUACAUUUGUUUAGCGAUAAAGGAUAAAAUUGUGUAUGACCCCGAAGGAAGGAUUAACAAGUUGGCUGAUGAAGUGGACAAGGAAACUCCCCUUUCAAGGCUUACUUUGUUCUCUCCUUGCAAGAUAAAUGUUUUCUUGAGAAUAACAAACAAGAGGGAAGAUGGGUAUCAUGACUUGGCAUCCCUUUUUCAUGUGAUAAGUCUGGGUGACAUAAUUAAGUUCUCUUUGUCACCUUCAAAAACCAAGGAUAGCCUGACAACCAAUGUGUCUGGGGUGCCCCUUGAUGAUAGAAAUCUGAUUAUUAAGGCGCUUAAUCUUUAUAGGAAGAAGACUGGCAGUGACAAGUUCUUUUGGAUUCAUCUGGAUAAACGGGUGCCUACUGGGGCAGGGCUUGGUGGUGGAAGUAGCAAUGCUGCAACUGCACUAUGGGCAGCAAAUCAAUUCAGUGGUUCUCUUGCCUCGGAGAAUGAACUCCAAGAAUGGUCAAGUGAGAUUGGAUCAGAUAUUCCCUUCUUUUUCUCUCAGGGAGCAGCCUAUUGCACUGGUCGAGGAGAGGUUGUUCAGAAUAUUCCUCCACCAGUAUCUCUGGAUGUUCCAAUGGUUCUCAUAAAGCCCCCACAAGCAUGUUCAACCGCAGAAGUAUACAAGCGUUUGCGAUUGGACCAGACUAGUAAUGUUGAUUCUUUAACAUUGCUGGAGAAGAUCUCAAAGAUUGGUAUCUCACAAGAUGUUUGUAUUAAUGAUUUAGAACCUCCUGCAUUUGAAGUUCUCCCUUCUCUCAAAAGAUUGAAGCAGCGAAUUAGUGCAGCUGGUCGUGGAGAAUAUGAUGCUGUUUUUAUGUCAGGAAGUGGAAGCACCAUUGUUGGAAUUGGCUCUCCUGAUCCUCCACAAUUUGUUUACGAUGAUGAUGAAUACAAAGAUGUGUUCUUAUCAGAUGCCUAUUUUCUCACACGAGAAGCAAAUCAGUGGUACCAAGAACCUGCUUCAAAUCCUUCUUCUGCCCCUACUUCAGUUUCCGAGUCUGUUUAA